AGAUUUUUUAACAAUAUGUCAGAUUGGGACACCGCGCCUAUUACUCUACGCAAACGUGCUCCAAAAUCGUCUACGUUGAAGACCGAGAAGGCGGUGAACGACGCACGGCGACAGGGUUUCACCGUGGAGACACAGGCGAAAUGGGGUGGUGGUGCAAACAGACAGCAUGUAACUACAAAGAACACAGCCAAAUUAGAUCGUGAAACAGAAGAAUUAAAACACGACCAAAUUCCACUUGAGCUUGGCAAACUUAUCCAGCAAGGACGACAGAACAAAGGAUUAUCACAAAAAGAUUUGGCUACGAAAGUAAACGAAAAGGCGCAAGUCAUCAAUGACUACGAAGCCGGACGUGGAAUACCGAAUCAGAUGGUAAUCGGCAAGAUCGAGCGAGUACUUGGAAUUAAAUUGCGUGGUAAAGAUCGUGGCAAACCGUUAGCGGCCCCCGGGACGAAGAAGUGAAUCUCGGGGGGAAGCAACAUCUAUCUUUCGAUCCUUAUAUACUGUUCCCAAGGAAGAACUAUGAGAAAGACGGUAGAAUGAAAUGCAACAAAAAAAAGAAAAAUAAACCUUUAUCCUCCUUUCUUUUGGUUAUACAGAUAUUGUGAACGAUAAAAAAACAUGGAUUACAAUUAACUUCUCUUUAUGUACGAAAUAAAAGAAAGAUAUUUUAAGAUAUCACGAAUACGUACGAGUGACAUACGGUUACACACGGUGCAUACAGUAACAUAGCGUAACGUUAAACAAGGCUUAUUGAGUUACCUUUGCGCGUAAUCGUUUAUUAUAGAUUUUUAAGUGUAUAUUACUACUGCUAAUCAUGAAAUAAAAAUGAAUCAUGUGUUUGAG